UGCCCGUGCGCGUCAACGGCGCCAGCAAGAGCAAGCCGCACGUCAAGCGGCCCAUGAACGCCUUCAUGGUGUGGUCGCGGGCACAGCGGCGCAAAAUGGCCCAGGAAAACCCCAAGAUGCACAACUCGGAGAUCAGCAAGCGCCUGGGGGCCGAGUGGAAGCUGCUCACGGAGUCGGAGAAAAGGCCGUUCAUCGACGAGGCGAAGCGCCUGCGCGCCAUGCACAUGAAGGAGCACCCCGAUUACAAGUACCGGCCGCGGCGCAAGCCCAAGAACCUGCUCUACAUGAUCCCGUGCAACUGCAGCGCCUGGCCCAGCCCCGGGCUGCAGCCGCCGCUCGCCUACAUCCUGCUGCCGGGCAUGGGCAAGCCUCAGCUGGACCCUUACCCCGCGGCCUACGCCGCCGCGCUAUGACCCCGCGGGGCCGCCUGGCGAGGGUCGGUGUGCACACAUGUACAUAUGUAUAGGUACGAGCUCUGCGGCCACCCGGUGCGCCCUCCCGCCACGGGGGACCGCGGGUUGUUUGUACAUAAGAUGUAUAGGUGCCAGGCAGAGGCAGAGAUGCCAGUCGGGGCGCGAGUGCGCGUGUGAAUUCACAGGAUCAUUUCGGAACCGCGCUUCGGCAGCCAGCUUUAAAGUGGGCAGUUGUAUUCCGGCAGGAGUUGGCGUUUGUUUUGCACUUCGGAACCUGUUGCGUUUUGGCCCAUAGAGGUGGAGUCACUUUUUGACAUGUUGGGCACUCCAGUUUUGUUUGUUGGAAGUUUAUUGUCGGUUUUAUUUUUGUUUCUCAUUAUCUUUCUCUCAUUUUUUUUUCCCCUCUCCUGGUCUGCGUUGCAUGCACACUGUUCACAUGUUAGGUCUGAAAUGGCUGACACCAGGGAAAACCAGAUCUAUGCCAUUAGUUUCUUUGGAGCGGGAUGGUGCUAAGCAACCUUGCUCCCUAUUUGUCCUAUUUGAACUUUGCCAAUCUCUGCUCUCUCAAGCAGAAACCCCAGACCGGAUCCAUUCUUGACCAGUGACCAGCUCGAAUCUGGCCUUUUGUAUGUGAGAUGAUCGCGGUUUCUUUUGUUUCUCACGCCAUAUGCAAAUCAGAGCAAGAGCUCUUUCUCAAGAGCAAGGAAUGCAAACAAGAAAUAUGUGUGCGAUUGAAAAGUUGUCAAUUGGAUCUUCCCCCUUAAAUAAAAACAAAACAGGUGGGAAUCACCCUGAGUCCACUCCACUCACUUGGAUUGCUGACACAGUUUAUAGACAAUGUAAAGGCCCUGUUUCUAUUUUCCCCUAUGGCUGAGAUUGUAAAUGUGUACAUGUUCGUGAAAACAUUAAGUCUGAGAAUGUGUUAUUUGCGUUGCCCUAAAUUUGAGUCGAUUUUAGACUCUAAAGCAUUUUGAGCAAAUAUCAAAGUUAACUUUUUAAAAAUUACAAUUUUAACUAAGAUUAAAUCGGACUUUUUUUUUUUUUUUUGCCUGAGUGGCAAUUAUACAUUUAUUAUUUAGCAAAACUGAAAAGAAAACACCCACAGAAUUGUUUUGACAGAUGUCUCUCGUUGUCAGCCAGCGUUUCUCCACCAACUUGAACCGUAUAAAUGUGUUUUGGAAUUCCCUCCCUAAUUAGCUUAUUUUUUAGAUCAUCUGCAAUUCAUUUGCAAUUUAUGAUAAAACACAUUUUAGAGAAAAGAACCUUCCUCAAUUAUAGCUUUUGUGUUUCUUUUUAAAUGUAUAUAUUUUGACUAAUGUUUGUGAAUGAAGUUGGCUAACAUGUAUUUAGUUUCAUUUUGGCUUUAUGUAAUAUACAGUUUUUAAAAGUUUAAGUAUUGGUUUUAACCUUUAUGUGUAAAUGGUUUUCUUGUGUGAUCUUCUAAUUUAAUAUUAGACAUCUAAACUAUAUCUGUAAAUUAGAAUCCGACUAUCGCUCUGUUCAUUUUUUGAACAAAGAGUUUAAAUAAAGCCUGAACCAGGGAAAAGAGAAAAUCCUC